ACGGCAACAUUUAAUCCCUUUUUUUAACGAGUCAUGCACUAGUGCAAAUCGCUGCUUUAAAAAUAGCGGUUUGCAUAGUUCUUCUCGAUAGAACACGGCUCUUGAAAUUCUUCAGUCUAUUUUUAUUACUUACCGGUUUUCCAGGGGCCAAAACUUUCGAAAACCGGCUUGCCUGCUUAAUUAUAUUAUUUAUUAUUUUUAUCUGCAGAUGAGACUUAUUUAUACUUGUUUGGAUAUUGAAAACCUCAAUAGACAUUCUAUCUUGCAAGGUCAGAUUCAUAAAGACAUCUUGAUACUAAAAACAUCGACGGCACCUGCCAGGGAGGGCAAAACAAACACCGUGGCAUACAACGUUUGCAUAUUUCGACGACAGAGAGGGGAUAGGGUUGGUGUUUCUUGAUAAAAAUUCUGCUUUUUCCCUCCAAAUAUUCAGACUUUACUGCGAGGUACUCUAAGCGCAAUUCUUAAGCUUUGUCUUAUAACAAGUAACAAGGAAGUCUUGGGUAGUUUCCAUUUAAAAUGCUGACAAUUCGACGUACCAAGUUUUUCGGAUAUGACUUGUUCCUGCUAAUUUCGCUGACUUUAACCAUUUUCGCUUUGGCAAUUCUUAUUCCUGCAUUUAAUGGGACGUCAAGAGAAACUCGCUACUCUCAGAAGUGGAAAGUUAUUUUAUUUUACACCAAGAUAUUCGGUGUCCGCCCGACGUCAAUAUGGUCACGGACAUCUCUUCAGUCGUGUCACGUGCCUUGGUGUAUUAUAUCUGAUGACAAAGAGUUAUUGCGUGACAGUGACGCUGUGAUUUUCCACGGCAGAGACAUGCCAAGUGUAUUGCCUACAGAACGAUCCACCAAUCAGCGAUGGGUUUAUUUCGUUCAAGAAAAUCCUCAUUACACUUCACCUGAGCCCUCUAAGUAUAACGGAGUAUUUAAUUGGACAAUGACAUACAAGCGAUUGUCAGAUGUGUGGGUUCCUUAUGGUAGUUACAGAACAAUUCUAAACACCUCUUUUCUCAGCCAGCACGACUCUUUAGCAGGUAGGUGGGUAGACCGUUGUUUCACAUUAUCUAGCAGUAAAAUUGUACUCAGGUUUGAUUGCAAUAUGGCAUUUGCUUCGUUAUGUCUAGAUAGAAACUUUUCAGCCGAGAAGACCAGACUGGUGGCCUGGGCCUCAAGUCAUUGCUCGUCACCAGCGUUCCUCCGUGAACAGUAUGUAGAGCAGCUUCAGUUGUACAUUCCUGUCGACGUAUUUGGUAAAUGCAAUCCCAAUGCUUCUCCGUGCCCUCGUGGAAGCCAACAGUGUGACGCCUUGUUGAGCUCGUACAAGUUUUACUUAGCUUUUGAAAAUGGAUUCUGCGAAGACUACAUCACGGAAAAGUACUGGGAACAGGCUUUAGAGCAUGACUUGGUUCCAGUAGUUAUGGGAGGAGCUGAUUACAGUAAACUAGUGAUUCCAGAAUCUUACAUCAAUGUACUGGACUUUUCUUCCAUCAAGAGUCUUGCAUCAUAUUUGAAAGCUCUUGAUAGGAACAGCACCGCUUACAACGAAUAUUUUCACUGGAAGAAAAAGUACGCAACCGAGCCGAUAGUAGCGCUAUGCAAACUGUGCGGAAUGUUACAUGACGAGUCUUUGGCAAGCAAGGUACACUGGGAUUUAGGGAGCUUCUGGGGGGUAAAGGAAAAUUGUAUGCGACAUUCAAAAACGAUAAAUGAUCAAAUUUGAUCCAGGUGGAACAAGCUAUAGGUUCUGAGAUCAAGAAAUGAUAAUUAGUCCAACCUCCACCUCGCUCUUACUAAAAGUGCAUUUCAAAUAAGGUUUGGAAAUAACAGAGACUUCGUUUACGUCAAACAAGUUCGAAUAUAUAUGGCCUUUCUGGAAUAGCCAUCUUUAGCUUCGUAUGUAAAUCACCCAUUUCAGAUCAUGUGUUUUCUACAGACUUACGGAAAUCUGUAAGGAUAUUAAUUUGUUCCUCAAAAAACUUGUCAGGACAGUGUGCAGUUAAGAAUUGAUUGACACAGGAAGGUGUAACAGAAAUCGCUGAACACAGCACCACGUGCAGUCGAGGAUAAUUAGUGAUUUUCCCGUGAGGCUUCGUACUUCUGUCUUUCCUGUCUCGGCUCUGACCCUGUGUAUGGAACGAGUCGAUUCGAAACCUUCUCUCCAGGACGUCAAAUACCUCUACAAAGUAUUUUCGUAUUCUUCACUCUUCGGCGAUGAUAUGUACACAGAGAAAGUAAAACAAAAGAUCAUAAUCAGUUGUUGUUUACUGCUCAGUGAAUGCAGUAUGACGGAUCUUUUUGUUCCAAUGUAUGAUACAAAUAGCCAACCUGAUCAGGACAUGUUCGUUUCUAACCUUGUUAGUGUUCAAUUGGAAGAGACCAAAGAUAAACUAGGAAGAUGUAUCUUAAUCCUUCAUUUAAUGUGCUAUUCAAUACAGUUCAAACAGUUGCUCGGCUUGAUUUUUAUAGAAAGAAGGGACUCGCACUUUCUUUAAAACUAGUGAAAAUAUUUGUGCAAGUCAAACGCUUUCCUGACUGUACCAGAGGACUUACAAGGCCUCAAUUCUGAAUCAGCCUUAGAGAUCUUUACCACAUUCAUUGAAGUAUUAAAAUUUGUAAUGAAACUUGUAAGACAUUACUUAUGUUUGGAAACGAUGCGUUUCUUCCUUUUUCAGUAACUGCGUCGUGUAACAUUCAGUGAAUUCGUAAUAUAUAUUUAUAUUCUAAGUGGCAUUUGACUAAUUGAAACAACUGAAACUAAAUAGAGAGAGACUAAAGGCACUUACAAAUUUCAAGGUCAUUACGAGUUCAGUUCUAGUCAAAGAAAUGUAAGAGAGAGAGAACGAUGUACAGGAACUAAAAAUCAUAGAAUGCUGACUUAGUCAAUUGCAGAAUACAGUGUCUGUACUCCCUUCAUAGGCUCAGAAAACCGCAAAGCCUUUCCUACCGAGUUCAAAUAAACUGCCAAUGGUGAUUUCAUUACGGAAACUGAUCCCAAAUUACUAAACCAGAUUAGGUCACUAACAAUCAACAGUGAGUUCUUCACAUACAGUACAUCAUGUAUGAUA